UGCGUGUCACGUGCUUUUAUUUAUGUAACGCAAUGGUGUCAGAAGCGAACCCAGUAUUAUCCAAUGCAUGCAAAACGCAGUCUGAGAUGUAGGUAUUAAGAGAAGCAAACAGAUAAAUUGUCUGGUCUUCAAAACAGACCGGUAUUUUGUCUUUGCCCUUGCGUUAAUGGAGUUUGGAGAAAGCAGGAAAGCCAAACCGACGCGAGACUCGAGCGGAGUGAACCAUUCAUCAUGCACGAAAAGGGAAAACCUUACUCUCAAAACAAAGACUGAGAGAUUCUUGGCAAUGGAUUAACAUAGAUAUUAAAUUAAUUGUCAGGUAAAAGAGAGAAUCGCAAAAUCUUCGUUAUCGGUAUUAUUUAUAAAAGAUGUUAUUUGACAGAGCUGCCGCGUGAUGUAAUCGAGUUAUUUAACUUUUGAAAUCAUGUCACUUUACACGGACAGAGGUUAAAGCUAUUUAUUUCUUGACAAACCGUCUGUGCAACUUUCAGCAGGAAACUGUCACACCGCAUAAAACACAAGCAUGGAUCUGCUGGAGUGUCCGAUUUGUCUGUUCCUCAUGUGCGAGCCCGUGACCAUGAUUUGCGGCCACUCGUUCUGCAGGAGAUGCACGGACGCGUUCCUGCCGUCACGGUGUCCCACGUGCAAAGAGCGAUUAAAACAAAAGGACGCGAAAAACAUCAGAAACAACGUCCUGCUUUUCAGCGUCAUAGAGAAAUGUUGCCCAGAAGAAACCAAAGUGAAGUGCCACAUCCAAGAGAAGUUGAAAACGAGCGAAUUUACGGAAGCGCUGCGCAUCGCGGAUGAAGGGAUAGAGAAGGCCCCUGAUGAUGUGAGCCUGAAGGUAUGGCGGGCCGAAGCCUGCAUGGGCCUCCGCCGCUUUUCUGACGCCCUCUGUGACCUGGAUGACCUCUGCUGUGUACGCCCCAACUGGACUGAGGGUUUCUUUCUUAAAGGGAAUGUGCUUCUUGAAAUGGGCAGACAGACUGAAGGUCUCAUUCAGUUUUACCGUUGCCUGAAACAGCAGCCUGACUUCACCCCUGCUAAACAACAGAUUAAGACGAUCUUGGAAGCAGAAGGCAUGGCUGUACCAGAAGAAGUCCCACGUAUCUUGCAUGUUGUGUCUGAGUACCUGCAAGAGCCCUGUCCUAUCACCAACUCUGUGAGCCCCUCAUGCACAGAUGGCCUGCGCUACCUCCACAACACCUCUGAAACUGAUUCUGACCAGAAUGCAACUAAAUUAAAGCACGUCACCAGUGGCGAGUGCUGUCUGAGCCUGUGCCAGGCGGUGUCCUUCCUUCCUACUGCUGAGGAUGAUGAAGAGCUGAUGAUGAAGAGCGAGGAAAAACAUAACACAGGCAUGUGCAGUGUGGAUAGAGAGUCCUGCCUCAGUAUUCUGACCUUGGCUGAUUUUGAGUGCCCUCUCUGCAUCAGAUUGUUCUAUGAGCCAGUGACCACACCCUGUGGACACACCUUCUGCAAAAACUGCAUAGAGAGAAGUCUGGACCAUAACCUACGCUGUCCACUCUGCAAACAACCACUGCAAGAGUAUUUUAAGAACAGGAAAUACAACCCCACGGUGCUGUUGCAGGAGAUCACAUCCCGCCUCUUCACUCAGCAACUGGCUGAGAGGAAACAGGUGCAUGAGGCAGAGAUGGCAGAGCUCUCGAAUUUGACCAAGGACAUCCCAAUCUUUGUGUGCACGGUGGCAUAUCCUGGCAUACCAUGUCCUCUGCACAUCUUUGAGCCUCGAUACCGUCUAAUGAUGCGUCGAUGCAUGGAGACGGGCACCAAGAAGUUUGGCAUGUGCAGCUAUGAGCAUGGAAAAGGCUUUGCAGAUUAUGGCUGCAUGUUAGAGAUUCUGGAUCUGGAUCUGCUUCCUGAUGGCCGCUCCUAUGUGGAUACAGUGGGAAGGAGUCGCUUCCGGGUGCUCAGAAGAGGAAAAAGAGAUGGCUACCAUACUGCAGAUAUAGAGUACAUGGAGGACCAUAAGGUGGAAGGUGCAGAGCUGGAAUUACUGCAGCAUCUCCAUGACAGCGUGUAUCAGCAAGCGAGGGAGUGGUACCACCGUCUGAACAGUCGCAUUCAAGAGCAGAUCAGCCACCAGUACGGCAUGAUGCCCGAGAAAGACGACGACAUACAGGGGUCUGCAAAUGGGCCAGCCUGGUGCUGGUGGCUGCUCUCUGUGCUGCAAUUAGAUCCGUCCUAUCAGACUACGGUUCUGUCUCUUAAUUCCCUCAAGGACAGACUAGGUCAUCUACGUAUUGUACUAGAAUACUUCUCUCAAGGCUAACACAGAGACUCAUAUUAUAGGCUCAUAUCGUUCCUCUUUGUCAUCACGUCCAUGUGCAGUACUAUGGAAGAUAUGAACUGGUUUUUACUGUAAGCUUUGUUGCGAGUUCAAACAAAACUUACAGUAAAACCAGUUCAUAUCUGAUCACUGAUUAUAAUACUUAAAAUUUCUCAUGCUUGGUUAUGCAAUACUUUGCAAGACUAUGGUGUGGGAGCACAAUGUUAUGAAAUGUCUAUCUAGUUAUGGAUAGUUUGGUAUAUAAUGUAAAUUAAUUUUUUUAUGGGCUGUACAGCUACUGAAUUAGUCAUCUUAACUAAUUCCUGCUACUUGAGUUAAGAACCAAUCAAAGACUCUCAACAUCGAACAGCUGUUUAUUGGUUCACGCUGUUUGGUUGAUUAAAUGUGACAAUGGAUGCCAAAUACAGCAGCUGAUGCAGUUCAUACCAACAGCUAGUUUUGUUGAGGUAUACAUGUGAGAUUUAAAUGUGCCAGUGCUGUUAGGGCCCUGUCCAGAAUUUUAAAACACGCAGCUCGCAUUUGUGGCCGGAAGCCAAGCGGUUUACUACGCAAGAUUGAUGGACGAAUACAGUAGGAGCUCUAUGACUAUGCAUGAAUGAAACGCUCUCACUACUCAGCUGUGUCACAAUUUCAGCCACGAUCAUUAUAUGUUUCUCUAGACCUUGACAUUUGAUGUCGAUUAUAUAGCUAGCAAUAAUUAUAACAGUAUUUCUCAAUAUGAGAAACUAAUACCAUGAUAGAAAUGACAUAAAAUAGACUUUUUGUUGCAAUAUUGUAAAUGAAUGAAUAAUUCAGCUUUGUUUUUCUCAGUGUUAAAUGUGUUUUAAGCUUGCUGGCAUGAUAUAGAAGAGCAGAGAGGCAGAGAUUAAAGCAGUAAGUUAUUUGUUUAGUAUUGAACCAUAGAUACAUUAGUCUUAUAAAACUGUUUUUGAAGCCAUGUAAAGGUUUAAGCUGGUGUGCAUGUAAGUUAAUACGCCUCAAUUUGUAUCUCUGAACUUUUCAAUGCCAGUGAUAUUGGACUGUUUUUUGUGAUUGUGCCUUGUGUUUAGCCUUAAUCUGGUUUCAGAUGCUUUUUUAAGGAUUUGAUAUUUUUUAUUUUCUCACUGUUUUAGUGGUGGGUUAUGAUAAAUUUAAUGCUGUUACUCACUCCUAUGUAUCUUAGUUUAUUAAUCAACGUCCAACAAGGUUUAACAGGCAUUCAACAACACUUUAUUCAUUCAAAAGUCUCAGAUUUGAUUUUGUGCACUGUUCUGAUUUUGUACUUAUAUCGUUUUAUUUUAUUUGUUUUAAACCGGUCACUAGUAACAGGAAGUUUGUUUGCACCCAUACUUUUAAUGCAGUGUUUAACUGUUUACUAACAUCUACUUUUGAUAGGAACAGCAAUUUGCGCAUUAACAUACAUUUAGAGAUUCCCAGACCACUGGGUCAGGAUUAUAUUCUUCUUUACAUUAGAGAAUACUGUGAUACAGA